CGAAACCCAACCCAAAACACACUUCCAAAAAAAAAAAAAGUAAGGUUGAGAGUUUUCCUUUUCCCCCAUUUUCUUCUUCACCCUGUUUUCACAAAAAUUGAUUGAGCCUUCAGAGUUGUUCUUGUUCUUCAGAUCUGGUUUUCUCUCUCCUCUGUUUUUUUUUGAAUCUUCCCUCAUUUUAAUCCCCGCUUCUUGGUUUCCCUUUCUGUUUAAUCAUCUGUCUUUGAACUGAAAAUCAAAGGAAAAAGGUUUUGAUCUUUUGGGAAUUGGAUUUAUAAGUGAAAUUUAUUUUAUUUGUAUGUUGAGGACCAAAUUAUCGAACUUUAAUCUAUUAUUACAGGAUAGGUGUUUUUUCAGAAUCGAAAUCUUUUGGGUUCUUCUGAUCGAGUUUUUAAGCUGAUUUUAUUUUAAUUACAACUAAGAGGGUAAAUUUUUGUUCUCUCUAUAGUUGGAUUUUUAGUUAAUCCUUUUUUAAAAGGGAAGAGAAUUCUAUUUGUUUCUCCUUCUCUUGCUUUUGUAGAGUUAUUAUUAUUAUUAAUUUUAAUUUGAAGAAACUAACCUGUUCUUGAAUUUUGGUAAGAAACAGGUUAAAUUUUAUUAUUUUGAAAACAAAAAAAAUAAAAAAUAAAAAAUAAUUCUUUGCAGGUUAAGAAAAUGGCAGCAACAGCAAUGGAUAUGAUGUUUAGUAAUAGUGGAGAAGUUAGCUCAGACCCAUUUGGGAAUGAGUUAAUGGAAGCUCUUUCACCUUUCAUGAAAUCCAGUCCUCCAUCUUCUUCUUCUUUUUCUUCUUUCUCUUCUCCACCACCAUCCUCCGCCGUGUCAACCACCGCAUCUUAUUCUCUACCACCACCAACUUCAACUUCAACCUCAUUUUCUCUCUCCUCCUUCACUCAAGAUCCCACCACCUCUUUCUUCCAGGAUGGUUGCUAUACAGAGCAAGCCCCCUUUUAUGGGCUAACCCAUCUUGACCCAUCAACUACAUACGGGCUUACCCAUUUCUCACAAGCCCAGAUCCAUCAAAUCCAGACCCAAUUCAACUACCCACAAACCCAAAUCCAACAACAACAACCCACUUAUUCGUACCCACCACCACUUCCUUCUUACCAAUCUACCAACCUCAACAGCUUUCUCUCUCCUAAACCAGUCACAAUGAAAACCACCGGAGCACCCCAAAAGCCCACCAAGCUUUACCGGGGUGUACGGCAACGCCACUGGGGUAAAUGGGUCGCUGAGAUCCGUCUACCCAAGAACCGGACCCGACUUUGGCUCGGCACCUUUGACACAGCUGAAGAAGCUGCUUUGGCUUACGACAAGGCGGCGUAUAAGCUGAGAGGUGACUUUGCCCGGCUCAAUUUCCCAAACCUCCGCCACGAAGGGUCCCACAUCGGUGGCGAAUUCGGCGAGUACAAGCCCCUCCACUCCUCCGUCAACGCGAAACUCGAGGCUAUUUGCGAGAGUUUAGCGAAACAGGGGAAUGAAAAACAGGGGAAGUCUGGAAAGUCGAAGAAAAAGGCUGAUGUUAGUAAUACCAAUAAUACCUCAUCUUCUUCAUCAUCUUCAUCAUGUUGUACAACUGUUGCAGCUGAAACAUUGCAGCAGCAGCAGCCACCGCAACAGGCGGAUGUCAAGGCGGAGAGCACCUCUGAUAGUGAGGUGGGUUCCGGUGGAUCGUCGCCGUUGUCGGAUUUGACAUUUGGAGAUAAUGAGUUCGAUUUGGGGUCGGAGAAUUUCUUGUUGGAAUCAUACCCAUCUCAUGAAAUCGAUUGGGAUGCUAUUUUAUCAUCAUCAUCUUAAAAAAAAAACAAGAUUAUUAGUAGGGAAUUAUGUCAUAAUGUUUAUGUAAAUUUUUAUUUGAUUAAAUUUCUAGGUUUUUAGUUGGGUAGUCAGUCAGUCAGUCAGGGAGGAGUGAUCUCUACAAUGAAGUUUUUGGAAAUUGUUAGAGAACUCCAAAUUCGGUAAAACAGAGUCUUCUUUGAUGAGGCAAGUGUUUUUUUGAUCUUGCCUUUGAUCAUUGAAGGGUAGCUUUUUUUUUUAAUUUUAUUUUAAAUCUAAUGUUUUUAAUUUUGUUUAUAGUAGAUGAAUUUAGGAUUGUAAUUUGAUCAUCACCAUUAGUGAAGUAUUACUCUUAUUAUUGUUUA